UAUAUGAGCAGAAGGAGAAGAAAGAAGAGAAGAGAGAGAUUCAGCAGAGGGAGAAGAGAGAGAGAGGAGAAGCAAUGGCUGCGACAUCGGCUGCAGUGUUGAAUGGCUUGGGCUCUUCCUUCUUGUCCGGCGGAAAGACGAGCCACGCCUUGUUGUGUGCGCCCAUUGGAGCUAGGUCGGCCGGCGGCCCAGCAGCGGCUCCUCGGAGGUUGGUGGUGGCCGCCGCCGCCGCUCCCAAGAAGUCCUGGAUCCCCGGAGUCAGGGGCGGCGGCAAUCUCGUCGAUCCCGAGUGGCUCGAUGGCUCGCUUCCAGGUGACUAUGGUUUCGACCCACUAGGACUGGGAAAGGACCCUGCAUUUCUCAGGUGGUAUAGAGAGGCGGAGCUGAUCCACGGCCGGUGGGCGAUGGCGGCUGUCGUGGGCAUCUUUGUCGGGCAAGCCUGGAGCGGCAUCCCGUGGUUCGAGGCCGGUGCUGACCCCGGCGCAAUUGCUCCCUUCUCCUUCGGCACGCUGCUCGGCACCCAGCUCCUCCUCAUGGGAUGGGUGGAGAGCAAGAGGUGGGUUGAUUUCUUCAACCCCGAGUCCCAGUCCGUGGAAUGGGCAACUCCAUGGUCAAGAACAGCCGAGAACUUCGCCAACGCCACCGGCGACCAAGGCUACCCGGGCGGCAAAUUCUUUGACCCCUUGUCGCUCGCUGGCACGAUCAGGGAUGGGGUUUACAUUCCUGACAGGGAGAAGCUAGAGAGACUGAAGCUGGCUGAGAUCAAGCAUGCUAGGCUUGCCAUGGUGGCUAUGUUGAUUUUCUACUUUGAGGCUGGACAAGGGAAGACACCUCUGGGAGCUCUUGGCUUGUAAACUGCCCUAGACUAGAAGACUUUAUGAGAAUGUAAAAAAGAGCAAAUGGGUUAUAGAGAAGAAAUUCAAAAUGCUUGAUUUUCUUUUCAAUAUGUGAGUUCUCCCAAAGAAAAUUCAAAUUGUUUUGGCUUGGAGUUUGUUUGUAA